UCCAGUCUUGAAGAAUCAGUUCACAUCGAACAUAUAUACUAAUUUUUAGUGUGAAAGUAGUUAUUAAUGGGAAGAGGAAAAGUAGAGCUGAAGAGAAUAGAGAACGCGACAAACAGACAGGUGACUUUUUCCAAGAGAAGAAACGGAUUGCUGAAGAAAGCUUUUGAGCUGUCUGUGCUCUGUGAUGCUGAGGUUGCUCUCCUCAUUUUCUCUCCUUCUGGAAAAGCAUUCCAAUUUUCCAGCCAUGACAUGCAGAGGUCUAUUGCAAGAUACAAAAGUGAAGUUGGAAUGACGAAAUCAAAUGAUCAAGGCAUCACAACCAUGGAGGUCUGGAGAAAUGAAAUUGAAGACAUGAAGAGAACAGUUGAUGAUUUGGAAGCAAGGGAUAAGUAUUUGUCAGGAGAAAAUCUGUCGGGAUUAGGGAUGAAAGAAUUGAAACAAUUAGAACGCCAGUUGAGAAUUGGGGUCGAACGGAUUCGCUCCAAGAAGAGACGUAUGAUAAUGGAUCACAUUAACUAUCUCAAGAGAAGGCAUAAGGACCUUCAAGAAGAGAACAACAAUCUCCAAAAGAAAGUCAAGUUACAUGAACUUGGAGAAGCCAAUGUCACAAGCGCCAUCAUCUCAGAAUCAAAUGCAGCCACCCUAUUUCAUAUGUGAAUAAUUGUAGUACCAUUUCUUGGAAAAAGAAGCCCAAAGAGGACUGAAUAAAAAGUUCAUGGGGGAAUGUGAAGUCAUAAGUGUUGGUUGAAAGUGUAUUUAUGUUGAAUGUGUUUGUAACAUUAGACUUGGCUUGUUAAAAUUGAAGACUUGGAAUUUGGAGAAUUGAUAUUCACUUUGCACCAUAUGAGAUCACAUAUUAAAUUUGUAUAUUUAUAUGUACAAAGUGCCUAUAAUAUUCCAGGAUAAGUGCUA